AGCCACGCGGUGGGUCGCGUGAAACAGGAAAGUGACACAUUUUGGAACUCGAAGGCGUAAUCGGUUUAUACCUACAUGCUUCUACAGUUACGUUAUGCACAGAUGUGAGCGGUCAGUCUAUUGUAGCAGACAAGUGACAACAGUUUACAGAAUGGAUGACCUUCAUUUGAAGUAAACGAGUUUCACAUCAUAUGGAAAAGGAAUUCUGGUCUGUCAAAGGAGGGUAUCACACCAUUCGCCACUCGACCCUCGAGGCACCUAAGAUCAAUAGCAUUCUCAGAAUCAGCUCUCUGCUACUUUUUCACCUGAUUAGCGGAGCCGAGCAGUCUCUGUAUUAUGAUGUAUUAGAUGUAUUUGUCGGAUUUGCAGAGAAAAAAUUUUUGAAAAAGACAUCCACGUCCACAUAUGACAGGGUGUGAAGAGCUCAGAAGUUAUGAAAUGUGAUCAAAGAAACUGUGCCACUGCCUCGUAGGAUUGAGUACAAGACCCAAUCACCUGUGUAGGAGUACUAUUAUCUUACCAACGAUGGUGUAACGGAAAUUCCACACUGAUUCGAAACUCUUGAGGCCGGCCGACUGCGUUUUUAUUAUUUUUACCUCACCUCAACGAUCAAAACUUGUUUGAUCUGUGGUCGUUCAUUCCCUAACCCUGACGGAUUACUCAUUGAUUUCCAGUUCAACACACCUGUCCUUCAUGUAGUCGGCAAGUACGCUGAUUUGAGUGGAUUUACUGUGUGUACUGUGAUAUUACUGUGACAACUUACCUGUAGUUGAUCAGCUCGCCUGAGCCAGGUGAGGCUGGGAAUUGUAAUGGCUGUGACAGUGUGUUACCUGUUUCUACUGCUGCCCCUGAUCACGUCAGGUGUGUGGCAGGUGGACAGAGAUCCUAACCUGGAGGCUGUCAUUCAAGGAAAUGACAAUGGCAUCCAGUGGUUUGUGGGAAAUGAGACAGCUCCUGAUCACUUCAAGAUUCUCCUUACAGAUGGAGAUGCCAUGCUUGUGGGAGCAAGGAAUAUGGUGUACAACAUCAGUUUGCCAUCACUCUCCUUAAACAGUAAAUUGGAGUGGUACUCUAGAAGUUUUGUCGUGGAGUUGUGCAAAGGCAAACAGAAAAGUCUUGAGGAAUGUCAGAAUUAUAUUCGGGUUUUGGUAAAGAAAUCCCACGAUCACUAUUUGGUGUGUGGAACGAAUGCUUACAAGCCUUGGUGUAGAACAUAUAAACAAGAGGGAUUGGAUUACCGAAUUGCGGAUGCUAAUGGCGAGGGAGAAGAUGGUAGUGGUAUCUGCCCAGGUGACCCAAAGCACAACAGCACAGCAGUUUAUACAGAUGGAGAAUUAUAUUCUGCGACUGUGGCGGACAUCGUGAACCGAGAUCCGUUGAUAUUCAGGAACAUGAUCCGAACCCAGCGCGCCUCGGAAUGGCUGAACGAACCGAACUUUGUCAACUCCAUGGCCUAUGGUGAAAAAGUUUACUUCUUUAUGAGAGAAACUGCAGUAGAAAACAUCAAUUGUGGAAAGACGGUGUUCUCCCGAAUUGCACGGGUGUGUAAGCAGGACCAAGGGGGCGGGGCGUUGCUACGAGGUUUCUGGAGCUCCUUCUUUAAGGCCCGCCUUAACUGUUCCAUCCCAGGAGAAUACCCCUUCUACUUCAAUGAAAUUCAAUCAACCUCAGACUUGGGAAAGGGCAAUUUCAUGUCGACAUACGACAGUGGAAACAGAAGUGACAUCGUUUAUGGAGUGUUCACCACACCUGUAAACAGCAUAUCUGGCUCUGCCAUCUGUGCUUACCGUAUGUCUGACAUUGAUGCGGCCUUCAGAGGUCAGUUCAAAGGUCAAGCUUCUGCUGACGCCAACUGGCUGCCCGUCCCUGAGGAGAAAGUCCCGAAAAUGGACAUGCAUAAGUGUGUGAACGACACACGACGGAAUAUACCACCCCCAACCCUGGCCUUCAUCAAGUCCCACCCUCUGAUGGAUGAAGCUGUGCCCUCUGUGGGUGGUGCACCUCUUCUUGUACAAGCUAACCUUGGAGCCCGGUUCACGCAGAUUGCGAUUGACUGGCAGGUACUGGCUGCUGACAACCGUUACUACGACGUUAUGUUCGUGGGAACAGACGAUGGACGGGUGAUCAAGGCCAUUAACAAAGGUCGUGGAGCAGCUAUUGAACCUGUCAUCAUCGAGGAAAUUCAGGUUUUCCAAUCUAGGGAAGCCAUCGUCAGUCUGAGGGUGUUCCGAAAACCUGAACUGGGCCAGGAGAAAUUGAUUGUGGUUUCUCGGGAUAACAUUAUCUCAGUUCCUCUCCAUCGGUGCCAUAAACGACUGUCGUGCAGGGGAUGUGUGGCUCUACAGGAUCCCUAUUGUUCCUGGGCCGAUGACAAGUGCUCAAACUCAAACAGAGGGUUGCAAGGAAUUCUUACAGGCAAGCAUUCCUACUGCAAAGACACAGAGACGACAACCACUUCAACAACAACAACCACCACCACAAGUCCGAGGAAAACUAUCUCACAAACUUGUCCUCCUCCUCCCAAAUGCAUCUGUCCUAGCCCGGCAAUCAACAGCGCAGCUUCCCUCCCUAACAGGGACGGGGAGCCUGACCUGACCAACACAACAGCAACUGCUGAUGUAGGUAAUGUUGUGACACCGGGUCGCGGCAAACCUUAUAAUGACGACAAGGAGGAAGCGUCCAAUAAGAUCUCCUCUAACGAGGAACCUGUCGUUGGUACUCUAGCUACUGGGGAGAAGAUGUUUGCAGCAUCCACUCUAGCCGUGGGUAUUGUCGUGGCAAUUGUUGUGUCCAUGAUCGUUGGAUUUGGAGCUGGGUACAUGGUGAGCCAGUGUCGUAGACCCCCACAAAAUACAGAUUCUAUGGCCAGAGAACGUAAAUUACCACCCUUGCCACUGCGCAAGAGCCAAAAUCAACUGGACGAUUACAUUGGACAAUCAGAUCCUAAUUUGUAUCACAGUAAACAGUUAAACGUUGUUUUAAACGUUCCGCCUAAGAGCAAUAAACUUCCGAACAGCAGUGCUGAGACCAAACCAGCUCACAAGUCCAACAAAGUGUACUUAUAGCUAGAGGAGGAAUCACAACCGUUGUGCCACUGACCUUCCGUCAGAUAGAGGUAAGAGACUCUUGGAAAUCUUGACAACCCUAGUUGUUGAGUGGCACAUUGGCUUGUGAACAUUCUCUCACACUGUAAUUCUUCAUGCUGGACCAGGAUCUGUGUAAACAAGAAAACAACAUCAUCUACUAACAGCAGGCAAGCCCAGCUGACAGUGUAUGUAUCGCGGAACCGUGUGAUCCCGGCAUUUGUUCAUUCCUCCAGCAGUCCGCCAGCUCGACUGGGUCAUAAUACGAGAGGUAAAGGAUGUAAUUUACUAACGCAAUGGGUCUUUAUGAGUGUGGAAAGCCAUCAGCUUAGCUGUCAUGUGGGGAGGAGGACCGAUGUCAAUGGAAAUGCUGCCGAAUCCCAGAUUGAUGCGGACACAAACCAACUGCGAGCCAUGCAAAGCAAAGGAACUGUGGUUCGAGCUAUGCAAAUUUCAAAUUUUUGAGUUGCAAAUGAGAGCUUUACGCGCUGUCGAGACCUCAGGUUGUUCUGCAACGGCUGUCCGAUCAAACACCUCCCGCAGACUUAAAAAGAAAAAAAGGCGCAUCUUCAUUUAUUCGUCAUCACCAGUGUAGCUCUUCAGUUUUCCAGGUUGGUUUCCAUGGAAAUCCAAUGGAAUGGAUGGUGCUAAUUGGGUGGCAUUUCCGGUUGUCACUCAUAGGUAUGAUGAAGUGAAGGGUUUGGUGAAUGAUGUCCUGUCUGUGGUCAGUCCCACAAACUCCAUCUGGAGAGAAGGAAGCACUGCCAUAGUCCAUGUGCUUGACUAGACGCAAACGCCGUCUGCUGCAGACUUCGAAGUUUCUUUGUGUACAAAGUCCGCAUCAAACUGGAACUAUGUGUAACAUCGCGGCUUCCUGAGACAGUCUGGAAUGUGCUGAAAGAGAGAAAGAUGUCGAAGUGAAAAAUCAGACGACAUGGACUGAGACCAGUCUGGGCCAGUACCUGGCCAUUCUUUGGUUGUGAUUUACAAAAAACUAUGCAUUUUACUUCUGUCUGACCACAGUUCAGAGGUUACGUACUACACGCUCCGGUAAUUCCAUAGGACGUUCGUUGGUACGGACGACUGGAUAACGAUGGAGACGUGCUGAAGUGGAAGCAUUGAACUUCACCCCCUCUGAAUGGGGUAUAAGUGCUGAAAUGGUCCCCUGACAAUGCUGUAAGUUUCCUCAGGAAACAUUCCACUUGGCUGUCUGCAGUGCUGAGGAUGACUCCUCUGUUUGUUGGCUCAGAACCAGUAACUUUUACGGAUGCCACCUUCCCCAUUAUUGGUGCAAAAGCAAGCUUUUCUGGUGAUUGUAGAGUUGUGUACAUAACAAAACGUGACUUAGUUUGCUGCCCCAGCCCCCAAACCUGACGAACCAGAUGAACUGUGCUAAGUGAUGGACACACUUUUUACGACAAACAGUAUUUUCAGUAAGUGAGACAAUCAGCUUUGUGAAUCACUAAGAGACUUGGUCACUUCCCAAUGGGUCAAAAAAGCAAAAACAAGAAGCAUAUCUGGGAACGAUGAGCGUUUCCAAACUCAGUGAUCCUGUGAUAUAGGGUUCUUACUUCGUUCAUCGUUCAUCACUGGUUGUUCAUUGUUAUUCAUCAUCGUCGAUAAUAUUGAUUUUUUUUUGUUUUUUGGCUUUUCCAUAGAGACUCACAAUCCGGUUGAAACAGACUGAAAAAAGCAUAUUCUUUUCAUAAAUAAUUCUUUUGAUUCUUGUAAUCUUUCUUGAUGUGUGUUUGUUUUUUGUUUUUUUUUUGGUUUUUUUUUAUUCCAUACCUGACCUUGUCAUUUAUUUGUUUUAACCGUGGGAUGUGAUAGCUGAUGCCCUGUAUCAUCGUAUACAGAUAUACUUUAACUGAGUUGCCAGUGAAGGACUGCCCUUUGUACCAUAGCACUGUAUAUUAUUACUAUGGAUAGCUUUAUUACGUGUAAAUUUUGAGUUUAUAACUGUUGUACAGUUCGGAGCUUAAUUGCCGAUAAAAUUGAACUUGACAGAAAGACAUUUUAAUAGUGAGCUAGUAAUUUUUUUAAGAAAAUACCUUUUUAAAAUUAUUGAAUUUGAAUUUCAGCUUUUAUAUAGGUUGUAUAUAUGCUGUGAUAUUUCGUUAACUAAAAGGUACUGUUAAUACAUUUAGGUCACAUUUGUCUCAGAAGUCAGGACUGAAGUGAAUGGGGUAAAAUUUUUAAAUUCAUCACCUUGAGGAAUGGUCUGGAGAGACAAGUUCUUUAUUGUGUCUUUCCGUUAAAGUGACUGUUAAGCUUUCCAUCAAAAAAAUUUCAGCCAAUGAUUCUGGUUGCCUUCCACACAAGGGCACUUGUAGCUAUUACCUUAAAUGUCCUAAAAACUCGACUACAAAAUAGGAUUUUUGGAGGCAAAUAAAUGUCAUGAGAUAUUAUUUCUGGUGAUAAAAUUUACAUUUCCCCCAUAGGAUUUCAUCCUACCUUCCAAACACCUCCCAAAGCACCUUUCUAAAAUCAAUAGAAUUCCCAGAAUCUGGGAUAAUGAGCAACUUAGUCAGAGACGAAAAUUUAGAUCAUGUGGGUAUUCUUACCAUGGCGGAUAACACUGCCUUUCUGUCAAUUUCAAUGAGCUGAAAAUAAGGGAUCAUGUUGAUAAUUCGCAAACAAAGUUUUACAUGUAAAGAUUUAAGACGUUUAAAUCAAUAUUUUUAAAGAAAUAAAUGUAAAAGAAUUAUUUAUUAAGUGACUAUAAGUACCAAGAUUGUUUUUAAGAAAAAUCCCGUUGCUUCCAGGUUGUUGAUCGAAAAGUGUCGGUCAGUCUUAAUGAGUAUGGUUAUUAUUAUUAAAAGACAAAUUUUAAUACCACCGAAAAAUGGAUGGUAGGUUCAGUUUUACCUUGUGGUAUCGCCAAAUUUGGAAAUUAUGUCGUUUUCCCCAUGUCUUCUCAUUGUUUGUAUAGUUGUUAACUUUUUUUGUUUUGUAGAUAAUUGUUUUCUUCCCAAAGUUGGCUCUUACAUCUUCAUUACCUUUUGUUAAUUUACAUUUUGAAAUUCGUGAAUUUCCUCCCAAGUUUUUAUUUUUAAGAUGACCUCAGAAUUCCAUAUUUGCUAGAAACGGCGAGAAAUGGUUGAUUUAAAAUUUUAGGGUAAUUUCUUUGUCAAGCACAAUCCCCCAUUGAACAGCAGUGUACAGUUAAUAUUUGUAUAUUUAACACAUUGUUCAAUUAUUUUUGUACACCCCACCAAAUUGUUCCAAAAACCUUAUAGAGACUGGAGAGAACUGGGUAGAGUAAUGGAACUAUUGAUCUAAUUAUUUUUGAUAAUAAAAACAAAUACAAAAUACAAAUGUGGAUCUAGUGGUAUAAAACACAAACUGGAUACGUUUCGUCAGAGAAUAGAGGUACAGUAGGUUAAGUAUAAUUAUCAUGUCAAUUAAAUACCAGCUCCACGUGGAAACCUGCAAGGAAUAACUUCAGUUAAUUGCAUUCCAAUUUUGUUUUAAUCGUGGGCUUUGCUGGGAGCUGGUAGUUCACAAGAUACCCCCUAGGACUUCUGGUUCGAUAUGCCUGGAGAGCCCCUCCUGCGAACUGAACUGGUUCAUUCUCUGUAAUUCAAGUGUAAAGAAUUCAAUUCAUGGGAAAUUCUCUUCCCAUAGAAAGGGAAACAUUGGUUGCCAAUGGAUACGGCCUCGUUAUGAAUCUUACGUCGGGUAGUACAAACAUUCGCACCACUUAAACGGCGGCGUAGUGUAUUCCGAAAGCACGAAAACGGACUGUCCUAGUGCAUAUUUCUGUAUACAGGCUCGACGGACCAGAUAUGUCCAAGGUAGUGCGUGUGUGUGUGCAUGUGUUCAGAGCCUCUAACCAUUUCUCUUCAGUCUCACCCUAAAUGUAUACUUUUGUGAAUAGUACUUCUGUUGUACACAGGACUGACUCUCGUGUACAGCCCUGUGCGUUUGUAGUGCAUCUAUGUAAGCCAGAUAGCGACACAUAGAAUCUGACAAAAUGAAAUAAACGAUAUAUUGACCUUAA